GCUUUUCGGGAAACAACUGCGGCCUCUAGACCACAAAUCCAGCGGCUCUCUUUGGUUGAAUAAAUUGGGUAGCCCACUCCCUCACCUUCUCCCUCAACACUCUUCUUCUUCUUCUUCUUCUAGUUUUCUCUGUUCAAGGAUUUAGGAAAUUUGCGAAAAUGCGGAUGAGCUGUAAUGGGUGUAGAGUCCUCCGCAAGGGCUGCAGCGACAACUGCACCAUCCGACCCUGUCUUCAGUGGAUCAAGACCCCUGAAUCUCAGGCCAAUGCCACCGUCUUCCUCGCCAAAUUCUACGGUCGCGCUGGCCUCAUGAAUCUCAUCAACUCCGGCCCCGAACACCUCCGUCCUGCCAUAUUCAGUUCUCUUCUCUACGAGGCUUGUGGGAGGAUCGUGAAUCCCAUUUAUGGGUCUGUUGGAUUGCUGUGGUCUGGAAGCUGGCACCUCUGCCAGGCCGCCGUGGAGGCGGUGCUCAAGGGUGAGCCCAUCACACAGAUCACCUCUGAAGCAGCGGCCACCGGCCAGGGUCCACCGCUCAAGGCCUACGACAUUCGUCACGUUUCCAAGGACGAGAACUCCGCCGCAAACGAUCUCCACCGAGCCAAAAAUAGGUGCCGGUUCAAGCGGUCCGGGGUGAGGGCGAAGUCUGGGAACAAAGCUGGAACUAACUCGGUUGCUGAGUCGAAGCAGGGGAUGAACCGGGGUAGCCACGCUGAUGAGUUGAAUCGGUCGACCAGUCACGACUCGACGGUGAGUCACCCGUCGGAGCCGCAUACCGUGGAGGGCGAGAGCCGAGAGACUGUGAGCAUGGUGUCUGGGGAGACGGCUGAGCCAUCCUUUCUGUUCAGAGCCGAGCAGAAGCGGGUUCAGAAGCCGGAGAAGCGGGAGGAGACUAGGGGACUGGAGUUGGAACUGACGCUGGGGUUGGGUCCGAUUCAGUCGGAGCGCUACAUGAGUGGGAAGACGGGGGGCUAUGGACCGUCUGACGGUGAGGGGUGUAAGAUGGAGAUGUAGGGAUGAAGUGACCACAGUUUUGACGGCUGAGAUCAGCUUUUGUUGUUUGUCGGAGUUGUAGAUUUGGUGUUUUUUCUUGGAAGCAUUUUAGUUUUCCUUUUUCCCUUUAUGAAAAAAAAUGAGAUGUACAAAUGUGAUUACAUAUUAUUAUUAUACACAGAUCAUAAAUGAAUAGAGGGACAAAAGAUGGUUCAAACUCAAAAUUUUCUGUUA